AAAAUGUUGAGAUCCUCGUUUCGGCUUCUCUAUAUAAGAAGAACCAACCUUCUGGUUCGAGCUUCAUCAUCAUCGCUCUCUCCGUUCUCGUCUAAGUUCAAUUCUGCGAAACCAGUUUUCACUUCUCGUCAUCAGAUUCCAUUAUCAACAACGGGAGCUAAACUCUCCAGAUCGGAACAUUCCAUGGCUGCUUCCACCGAGCCCAAGUCUGUCUAUGAUUUCACCGUCAAGGAUGCGAAGGGAAACGAUGUUGAUCUAAGUACUUACAAGGGGAAGGUUCUGCUGAUUGUCAACGUUGCUUCUCAGUGUGGUUUGACCAAUUCGAACUAUACUGAGCUUGCACAGCUCUACCAGAAGUACAAAGAUCAUGGGUUUGAGAUCCUUGCAUUCCCAUGUAACCAAUUUGGGAACCAAGAACCUGGUUCUAAUGAAGAGAUUGUUCAGUUUGCUUGUACCCGUUUCAAGGCCGAGUACCCAAUCUUUGACAAGGUUGAUGUGAAUGGUGACACGGCUGCUCCAAUCUACAAGUUCCUGAAAUCAAGCAAAGGUGGGCUUUUUGGAGACGGAAUCAAGUGGAACUUCGCCAAGUUCUUGGUUGACAAAGAUGGGAAUGUUGUGGACCGUUACGCUCCAACUACUUCCCCUCUCAGCAUUGAGAAGGACCUGAAGAAACUGUUGGGCGUGACUGCUUAAGCAAAUUUUAGGCGCAAGUAUCUAAAUAAAAGCUCCUAUAGUACUGUAAUAAGCAGCGUCUUUGGGAUGAGUUGUUUCCUACUACUUAAAUCCUCGUUUGAAGUUACUGAUGUGAGCAACAUAUUUACCGCUACUUUGUAUUCUACCGUUUUCAAGAAUCAUGGGAAGUUGAAAGCUAGAGACGCAUAUAAUCUCGAAAUCGAAUCAAAUUUGUUAUAAAGUAAUAAAUAACUGAAAAAUAUUAGUUGAUAGUAGAGAUUAACAUUUGCAACUGUUUGAUAUCUAAUAUGGGACAAUUUGUGAUACCACAAUUCAACUUUAUCACUAUUUAAGGG